AUGGCACCGUCGCUUGAGGAGCCUGUGGCCGAGGCCCUCGAGGAUCAUCUCCGGUCAAAGCCAGAGCUUGUUGCACCAGAGCCCGAACACUGUCCCGGCCCUGAAUCGGAACAAGCAGGUCAAGGCGAUGCUUGCAAAGGCUGCCCUAACCAGGCGAUUUGCGCUUCCGCGCCCAAAGGCCCUGACCCAGACAUACCCAUCAUUACCGAACGUCUCGCUGGAGUACGGCAUAAGAUCCUGGUGCUGUCAGGCAAAGGCGGCGUCGGGAAAUCUACAUUCUCAACGCUAUUAUCUCACGCGUUCGCAGCCAACCCAGAGUCGACUGUGGGACUGAUGGAUACCGAUAUCUGUGGCCCCUCCAUACCCAAGAUGAUGGGGGUGGAAAGUGAAACGAUACACGUCAGCAAUGCUGGCUGGAGCCCUGUAUGGGUGACAGACAAUCUCGGUGUCAUGAGCGUCCAGUUUAUGCUGCCCAACCGAGACGAUGCGGUUAUUUGGCGCGGUCCUAAGAAAAAUGGUCUGAUUAAACAGUUUCUAAAAGAUGUUGAAUGGGGCGAGCUCGAUUACUUGGUCGUCGACACCCCGCCUGGCACGUCCGACGAGCACUUGUCCGUCAAUUCCUUCCUCAAGGAGUCCGGCGUCGAUGGCGCAGUCGUUGUCACGACCCCGCAGGAGGUGUCGUUAUUGGAUGUUCGGAAAGAGAUCGACUUUUGUCGUAAGGCUGGCAUUCGCGUCCUCGGCCUAGUUGAAAACAUGUCGGGCUUCGUCUGUCCGAAAUGCACUCACCAGUCUCAAAUUUUCAAAGCGACCACAGGCGGAGGUGCGCAAUUAUGCAAAGACAUGGGCAUACCGUUCCUCGGGGCUGUGCCUCUUGACCCACGCAUUGGCAUGGCGUGCGACUUUGGAGAGAGCUUCAUGGAUAGCUUUCCCGACAGCCCAGCGUGCAAGGCACUGCGUCAAGUUGUACGGCAGGUUGGUGAACUGGUUGGCGAAGAUCCAAAUGCAGUUCUCCCGGAUGGUCCCAUAUGA